UUGGUCAUCGUCGAUAAUCGGCUUACAGCUACUCGAUACAUCGAGGAAGUUCUUCAGGAGCAUGUAAUUCCUUAUUCGGGAUUCAUUGGACACGACCAAUUCCUCCUCAUGCACGAUAAUGCACGCCCGCACGUCGCACAUUGUGUAGAGGAAUAUCUGGAAGAGGUUGGAAUACAAAAAUUACAGUGGCCAGCUCGUAGCCCGGACUUAAAUCCAAUUGAGUAUGUAUGGGGUAUGUUCAAAAGAAAGAUAAAGUCCAGCUCCAAACCGCCACAAACUCUAAAUGAGCUCCGAAAUACAGCGCUGGCCGCUUGGGACAGCAUACCGCAAGUUGAUGUCAGAAACAUCAUUCAAAGUAUGCCAGAUCGAAUGCAAGCGGUUAUCAGGGCUAAGGGAGGAAACACCCGAUAUUAA